GCUCGUUUGUCUGUGAAGGGGCGACAUUUCUCAAGGAAGCUGAGGGAAAGUAAAGCUGGAGUUAAAAUAGCACUUAUCCGCGACGUUUGCGUUCGAUUCGUCUCGUUACAUUGUUGCCGCUAAAUAAGUAUAAAGAAGAUCCAUUGCAACAACUCACCGAAGAGCGCGGUUACAAAGUAACCAUUCCAAGAACACUGGCGACGAGACGCGCAACUUAUUAUCAACUUUCCGCUGACAACGAGGAAUUAACUCAGUAUCGCGACUUGUCGAGGUAUUUGACGGAUCCAGGAUCUUUAACACCGAUACAUUGUCGUUUCUGGAGCCUGUGAAGACCAAAUUGCACAAACACAGACCGAGGCAUGGAAAUAAUGGAUAGCGGGGAGCCGUUUUUACAGUGGGACAGAAAUCUCAGUGAAUUGUCAGACGCCGGGGAUAACGACAGCAUGCUAUACAGCACUCAUUUCACCGAGCUCCUGGGUGAUCUGUCUCAAGAGGCUUUGCUGGGGCAACUGUUAAGCGAUCCGUUCUUGUGUGGGCGUGGUGAAUCUAUGGACAUAGAGGAAGAACUGACCCCUGCUUCUCCAGUGCCGCCACACAUCCAGGCCGAACACAGUUACUCGCUGUGCGGAGACUCACGCCCACAGUCGCCCCUCUCCCAUCUGCCCGGAGAACCUGGCAGUGACGCUGGUGAUUCAGACAAUGAUGAUUGGCCCAUGGAACAGGAAGAUAAAAGGCUUAAGAUGGCACCUCUCCUGUGUGACCCGCCUGCCCUGCUUCCCACACUGACCCUCACUCUGACCCCUGAGGGUCCCGUGUCUGAGCCUGUGACCACAGCAAGUGACCCCACCCUCUCACUGACCCUUCCUCAGGCUGCACAGAUUAAACCAGCCAAUGUGAAGGAGGACAGUGAGGGUUUCAGCCCGCAGAUUAAACUGGAGCCACAUGAGGUGGAUCGGUUCUUAAACCUCUCACCUAAAGGGCUGGAGUCUCUGCAGAUGCCGCCCACUCCUCCCAGCUCUCAUGGCAGUGACUCAGAGGGCAGCCAGAGCCCUGUCCACCCCUGUGCCCCCGCCAGCCCGACACAGACCCCUGCUGCCCUCAAGGUGGCGCCAAGAGCCCCUUCUUCCCUCUCCAACUCUCCUCUGCUGACGGCACCACAUAAACUGCAGGGGUCAGGUCCUCUCCUGCUCACUGAGGAGGAGAAACGCACACUGAUCGCAGAAGGAUACCCGGUUCCCUCCAAACUGCCCCUGUCCAAAGCUGAGGAGAAAGCACUCAAGAAGAUUCGCAGAAAGAUCAAGAACAAGAUUUCGGCACAGGAGAGCCGCCGGAAAAAGAAAGAGUACAUGGAUGCUCUAGAAAAGAAGGUGGAGACAUGCUCCAAUGAGAACAAUGAGCUGCGCAGGAAAGUCGAAAAUCUUGAGUGCACCAACAAGUCUCUGCUGCAGCAGCUGCACUCGCUGCAGGCAGUAGUGGCAGGAAAGGUCCCGCGCUCCUGUAGGGUGACGGGAACACAGACCUCCACCUGUCUCAUGGUAGUGGUUCUGUGUUUUUCUGUGUUCUUGGGGAGUUUCUACCAAGGCUUGAGCCCCUGUUCAUCUAUCACUAAAACAGGCCUAACCAAAGAGAUUUCAAUACAAGAGUCCUACACUGCUACAGUGAAAUCUCGGAACCUUUUGGCCUUUGACGAGCACAGUGGUCUGGAUGACCCCCAUCUCGUCGGGCUAGGCGGGGAAUGGGACCGGCAGGUUGACGUCAUGGCGGCCUUGCGUUUGGAACAGCAGCGCAAACAGGAACAGGCGAAGUCACAUGAAGCAGAGCCACGCCCACUUUUAACGAACACCAAUGAAACACGUGUUCAAAAAUCUAUUCUCAUAGACCUGCACUCACACAGGUCAGACAAAUGGUCAAAUGAAACGGCAAAAGUGAUAGAGUUGGAGAGGACCGUCAAUGAGACGUCCUGAAAUCUGGCUGGUCCUCGUCCCAAAUCACCCCUCUCCCCUGCUGUGGCGGGGCGAUAGGCUCUGUAUAUAUAGAUAUACUUUAAGUAUUGUUUUACUUAACUAAGAUGUCCUUUUUUUAAGAUUAAUACAAAUAUAUAU